GUGCGCAAAGCGGGUUAGAGCUACACUGUAUUUCAUCCACGCAAAAAAAGGGGGGGAACAGGGGGGCGCAUCCCACCAUUUCCAGAGUUCCAACAACUUCACCGGCCUGGUGUGCUGAUCCCUCCGGCUAGCCCUGGCUGCAGAGAAGGAGAACGGGGAGCUUAAGGAACUAAAACACGGACGGUGCCUGCAGAUUAUCUCUUAACUUAGGUGCAGUGAAAAAAAAGGCGACGUUUCCCCAGGAGGAACUCUCUAAGUGUUGGAAACUUCCCAGCGCAACAUCGAUCGAGGACCUCCCGCCCACAUUACCUCUGAUCCACACUACUGGAAGAGGGGGGAGAGAGAGUUCUGCACCCGCUGCAGUGGAUGGAGAAACAAAGGCUAUGGUUCAACUAGAAGAGCUCCUUUGAUUCAAAAAACACACAACUCUCCUUUCUCUCCUCGCCUGCUGUUUUCCUAAAAAGACUCCCAUCAUCGUAAAGGCAAACCUGCAGCCUCUUGGAUCUCAGUUUUUUUUUGGGAACCCGGCCAGGUUCUACUUAGUGCAAGAGGGAAUCACCACAGACGUGAAAUUGAUGCUUUGGUACGCAGAGGCGCACGACCGAUCCUCUAGUUUUGCCAAAGUCUCCUACUGCUCAGUGAGGGAGGUAGACUAGUUCAGUACGAAGUGGGAUUUGCAGAAGUUGCAUGCUUGGUCUUUGUCAUUUCGAGUGAGUCCUAUCCAUCCACUCUCCAGAGAAGAUCCGGAUAGUUGAGGCUAUGGCGAUGUGUGUGGGGAUAUGGAUACUCCUGUUGGCGCUGCAUAUCCAAGCUGGCAACAGUCAGAUGGUCCAGAUGGACCCCAGUAAGUCUGGCUUUGUGGGUUCACAAGUGGAGCUGCGCUGCAUUUUCAUCAAUAGUAACCCACCUGUCAAGAUCUCUCAAGUCACCUGGCAGAAGCUCCUUAAUGGCACCAAACAGAAUGUGGCCAUAGCCAACCCUGCCCUCGGUGUGUCCGUUCUACCACCUUUCAAGGAGCGAGUCAGCUUCAAGCAAGCAGCAGUUCGUCACCGUACGCCCUCACUGGAGGACACCACCAUCAUGUUCUCCAACUUGCAGUUGUCUGAUGAAGCUGCCUACAUCUGCGAGUACACCACGUUUCCUGCAGGCAACCGUGAGAACAUGGUCAACCUCACAGUAUUUGCUCGCCCUAUGACACGUAUGACCUUGACAACACCCACCAUUGUGGCCAGGGCUCAGAAACGCAAGAUGACUGUUGCCACUUGUGUAUCAGCCAAUGGGAAGCCCCCAAGUGUGAUCAAGUGGGACACCAGGUUGAAGGGUGAAGCCACUUACCAGGAGACUCGCAACCAAAAUGGGACGGUGACGGUACGGAGCAACUACGUGGUCAUACCGAGCCGGGAGACCCACAAACAGAAGCUCACAUGUAUUGUGACGUACCGAAAUGAGAAGAUCACAGACAGCGUGGUGCUCAAUGUGCAAUAUGAACCCGAGGUGAAGAUCGAGGGCUUUGAUGGGAACUGGUACCUGAACCGUCAGAAUGUUCAGCUGACCUGCAGGGCUGAUGCUAACCCCCCUGUCACGAUCUACCAGUGGAAACUUUUGAAUGGCUCCCUGCCCAGUAAUGUGGAAAUCAAGAACAACACCCUGUUCUUCAAGGGGCCGGUGACCUACGACCUGGCCGGCACGUACGUCUGUGACGCAACCAACGGCAUAGGGACUCGCACUGGCAUCGUGGACGUCAACAUCACAGAAUUCCCUAACAACCCACCACCUGGGGGCCAUGAGAUCCCGCAGGAGCAGCACAAUGCAGGUGCCGCCAUCGGGGGCGCUGUGGGGGGAGUUGCCCUGUUGGGCGUGGCGGCCAUACUGCUCUUCAUAUUCCUGCGCCGCCGCCAGCGCACCUUCAAGGGAGACUACAGCACCAAGAAACACGUGUUUGGAAACGGUUACAGCAAAGCCGCGCACCCUCCCAUCCCCAAGAACCUGCAGUAUCCGGAAGACUCGGAUGAUGAGAAGAAGCCUGCCCAGAUUGGCGGUCCCGGAGGGUUUGAGGCGAGUGAGCGCGAUUUUGAUGCCGAAGCAGAGGACCUGAAGAGGCCCUAUUUCACUGUGGACGAAGGAGAGAGCCGAGAUUAUGAUGAGCGGACUCUGGAUUUCCAGUAUGACCCUGAACCUGAGAUAGCCGAUGAUAUGAUCUCUCAAACCGAUGGCUCUGUCAUUUCUAAGAAAGAGUGGUAUGUGUAGUGGCAUUCAACAACCAAACCAAACAACCCCUUGUCCCCCACUUGCAUUCCACCACACCCUUCACCUCCAUCACCUACCCCACCCUCCCAUUUGUCAAACUGCACCCUUCAAGUCCCCUUCCUCUUUUGGUCAACCUAGUACCCCCUUCCCCCUGACUCCCCCCCACAUCAGACCCCAUCCAACUAAUCUCUAUUAGAAGAUCAAGAGUCUAUUUAAAGUGCUAGCAACAUCAACUUCUCAACAUGACGGCAUUGGUAUCAAUUCCAUCAGUCGAAUGAGCAAAGAAUACAAACUAAGGUAUGUAAUUGGACUCGUUGUCACUGACGUACGAGACCAGGGAGGUGAUCGGUUGAUUAAUACUGGUGUAUUAUUCUUUUUGUGUCAUGUUUUUUUUAUGUUAUAAAUGUAUUAAAUGUGUAAAAAGAGACUGCAGGUUGAGGUUUUGCUGAGCACAUUUGUGAAAGUCCUACACUGGAUGUACGAUUUGUUUUUUUGUUUUGUUUUUCCAGUACCAUUGCUGUUUUGUUAUUUUUCUAAUGUCCUUUUGUAUGAUUUUUAAGUGACCUGAGAAUUGAGAGUUAAGUGUCUGACAUAAUUACAGGUGACGUUCUUAGUGUUUGUAAUUUUGUGGUCAAAUGUUUCAGAGAAAGAAAAAAAAAAUUAAGUCAUACAAGCACCUCUAUCAUUUCUCUUGUUUCUCUCUGGGUUUAGCAUUCAUGAAAUUACACUUUUUUGUAUUUUUACAGCAUUAAAUACAGAUAUGUUAUUGCUGUUUUCCAAAGACAUGCUUAGUAUUACUUGACCCCUGUGUGUAUAUGCUUGAUCUAUUUCUUUACUGAGAGGGAGUCAGUCUACUGAGCCGUAUGGAUAUGGCAGUAACAGAUAAAAAUCAUACGGUCUUUUUAAUUUCCUUUCCUAAAUUAAAAAAUAAAUAAAAAUAAGGCCCACGUCAAUGAAUCAGAGUAGCAAGGGAGAGAAGGGCUACAACCGUACCUUACAUAACAACACACUUUUCAGUCACGUCCAAAAGGGGUUUGAUGAAUCUCACAGAAAACUUCAAUAAUUGCUCUGAAAUGUCAUGUUUGUCACUUGACUUGAACAGGUUUUACCCGUGUAAAUGAGCUCAAGAAGUUACCACUGCAAUGAAAUGUCUUUUUUGUGUGUGUGUGUGCUGAGUGGUCAUAAUUAUGUUUUAUUCUAACCCUUUUUUUAUCAAAUGGAUGUCAGAGAAAAGUGUUUGGGGAGUAUCCCAAUAAUGACUCUGUCUCUUCUUAUAAUUGUGUGACUGUGUACUGGAGAAUACGCUUAAGUCUCCCCACUUACACCAACAGCAUUGCUAUGAGGAGUCGUCCAUGGACACAAAGAAUACGGAUACGAGGAAAAUGUCACCCGUUGCAUAUAGUUACAUCUACAGAGAAAAUAUUUUAACAUGUAAAGGGAAUUGAAAAUAUGAUGGUGGCCAUCCUGGAGUACAAUAAGUCACCUGCUGCUUUCAUGGUGGGUUUUUUUUCUCCAUCUUUUUUUUCUGAAAUGAAUUUAAGUAGCUGUUAGGGGAUUUUAAAGGAAUGAAUGGUUUUCUGUGUCUUAAUAUUGGCAUCUAAAUAUGCCAAUGUCUAUACAAUGACCCUGUCUAAAGGCAUUAUAUAUAUAAAUCUAUAUAUAUAUAUAUAGAUAUAUAUAUAGAUAUAUUUAUAUAUGGCUUUUUAAAUCUGUUAACAAGUGCCAGUGGUUGCUAGAAUAGCAAAUGACAUGUUUCUCUCCAUCACACAAUCAGCAAAGUGAAUUUGCUUCAAACAAAAAAAGUUCAAUAUGAAACAUGGGAUAAGACAAGCAAAGAAUUAAAUACAUGGAUAUAAGUGCGAUAUCUGACUGGCUCUGAACAAUAUAAAUACUGUAUUAAGCCUUACUUUAUGCAUGUUUUUGUGUGGGAGUGCGUAUGUUGCUAUUUUUUCUGUAUCAAUUCCAGUGUGUCUUCCCUCAUUUGCAGCUCAAAAGACAGCACUUUUUCAGUGUUGUCAGUAUUGACAAAGAUAUGAGUUUAUGGGCACUCAGUACCCAGAGACAAUAUUACAGUUAACACACGAGAGUGUAUGAAUAUAUAUAUAAAUAAAGAUGAAAAAAUAGCAUCUCUGUUGGCUGGAGAUGUGAAUGUCUUACAGUCCAUGCUUGUCUACUGUAUGUUUUUAGAUGAGCAUGUUAAUCAUGAGCCUCAAACUAUAUUGUACUUUAAACGCAAAUUAACAUUGCAAAGUGGGGAAAUCAUGUUAAAAGUCUGCUGAUAUCAGCUUACUUCACUUAAAUUUUCUCAAGGAUUAUUUCUGAUUUUGUUAAGUGUCUCCACUACAGUUGGAGAGCGAUACCUGAGGUUUGCAUCAAAAAGUUUCAGAGGGGGGAAACUAAUUGACAGCAGUGGGGUUGCUCCUUUCCAAGUGCAAAAGUAAAUUGCAAUUUUAUAGCCUUUGGUUUAUUGUUCAGCUGCUCAGAUAAACUGCUUUGCUGUAACAUUUCACUUCCACAAGACAAAUGUAUGAAUAGCAUGUUUUUAUCUUUUUCUUGCAUUCAGUGCCUAUCAAAGUCAGGAGUAUUAAGGUAGUCUGAACAGUUGCUGCUCCAUCAUUUAAAAGGUGCAGUGUGUAGGAUCUAGUGGCAACAAGCAGUGAGGUUGCAGAUUGCAACUCUCUGAAUACCCUUCCGUUCCAAGUGUGUAGGAGAACCUAGGGUGGCCUCAAGAUUCUCGAGAAAACACGGCCCUCUCUAGAGCCAGUAUUUGGUUUGUCCAUUCUGAGCUACUGUAGAAACAUGGCGGUACAACAUGUCGGGCUCCAUGGAAGAGGACCUGCUCCCUACGUAGAUACAAAGGGCUCACUCUAAGGUAAUGAAGCCACGAUGAUUUUCAGGUGAUUAUACACUACUUAAAAUGUACUAAGGAAUAUUAUGAAUAUUAUAUUCAAUUAUUUUAAGUCUGUUCUGCUACAGUAGAUGCAACUUAAUUCUACACACUGCACCUUUUAAAUUAUUCAUGCCAUUUAAUAGCAUCAUGAAUAACAUAAUAUUGAAAUAUAACAUGAAGUGCAAACCUCUAGAUCAAAUGAUGAUUCUUUAAUUGCAUUGAAUUUCUGUUAGUCUUGUGCAGAUGUUAUUCCAUCUGAGCUCAACCACGAUAUUAACAGUGCAUCUUUACUUGAUCUUAAUCUCAACUGAUCUAUUAAAAGCUGCAUUCAUUGCCAUUUUAAAGUUAAAUGAUUUCUAAAUGGUGAUACAGCACUUUUUCCACUCAAAGCUGGAUAGUUUAUGUUUGAAAGAGAUCAAACUUUUGCAACAUAGUCACACAUCGCUGACUUUUCUAAGCACAACAAUCAAAACACUAAUCCAGUGGGGGAAAAAAAUUAACUUGUAAAUUUGAAUUUUAAAAAAAUGCAAUUUUGGCUCAAAGCAAAGAUCAACUUGACCCCUUUUUGAAAGCACAAGUUUAGGGUUUCAUUUCUCUUUUUUUACUGCAUACAUUAUGAAACCACUGCCACACUUGCUUCUCAGUCAUGUUGGAGAAAGAAAGACCUUUCAGAUUUGAGUCGACAUUCUGUAUACUGGUAGACGUAAACAUUGUCUUCAUGUUGUCGGGGUGUUAUGAGUUUCUAUUUUGUAAUAAUGACUGUAACUUCAUUCCAUCCUAAUCUACUUUUUGUAUUCAGUAUGUUCAACAUUCCACUGUAAAUAAUGUAUAUAAGGUUGAGAUUAUAGUUGGGAUUUAUUUAGGGACAACUGUGUAGGGACCCUGGUCAUGUAAAAUAUACCCUAUUUUGACUGCAAACAGAGAGACUUGGUGAUGAAUAGAUGAAGUUGAUGCAUAGCUUAUUUCCAAAGUCCCACCUAAAAAUGCUCCUCCAGUACAUUUUUAAUAUUGCCACUAGCGGCUUCACUGUCAUACAAAGGGGUGAUGCAUACAGUUUGUUGAUUUAAUGUUAUUGAAAUAAAAUCAAAAGAGAGAAAUUGUCUGUAUGCAGCCAUGUGAAUGUAUAUUUCUGAGGGUGUUACAAAUAUGAAAAAAAUCUCUUGUUCAAUUGUGAUGACCCAGUGAAGUAACUUGUAUUUGUUUUAAGCAUUAAAUGAGUUCAAUAGUCAACAGUGCCCUGUCCCAGUUCACUGAUUGGAUAGAUGUGUGUAUCUGAUUGAAUAUGGUUUAGGUCUGCAAUACAUUUCUUAUCGCUGUAUUGAUUUAGGUAAUUGUAGCUCUUUCCCAAUAGCUCUGAUCAGAAAUGUAUCCCUGUCAGCUUACACAGGUGUUAAUGUUGAUUCAUUUCUUCGGCUCCGUCACGUUCUGUGAGCCUUACAUGUAAGAUGUAAAAAAGAUUUGUUCUGCAAAUAAACGUAUGUAGUUUUGACAAAGACAGACAAUAUUUAAAUCUGCACCUCAUUUUGCUUUCCUUCCAUAUCAAAUGUAUUUGUGGACAAAUCUUCAGAGCACAGAGCAUGUUCAAGCAUCCAGCUUCUAAAUAGAACAACAAUUUUACAUUGCCGUGUCCAAUAUUCUUCUAGUUAUUACCGUUCCAGUUUUCAAAAUGAAAAGUCUGCAGUGUUAAUGCAGGAUGAU